GAAAUUGGCAAUAAAAGACCAAAGUAUGAAGAUAACGGAAGAACUAAUAUUUUGAAAGAAAAAGGGCGCGAAAAGAAGAAGCGUGAUCUUGAAAAUGUGGAGGAGAUUGGGUGGAGUGUUGAGGUGCAUCGUAGUAGCGAUAUUGCUGAAGGCCGUUAGCGUGAGGUGCAAGCCCACAAGAGAGUUUGAUUCCAUGCUGAGCACCGUAAGGGCCAGAGGCUACAACCUCUUCUGCAACGCAAUCGUCACCUCUGAUCUUCAAAUGGACAUUCUCUCUCACCAGAACGACAUCAACGCCACCUCACGCGCCUUCACCUUCUUCGCUCCCACAGACGCAUCCCUCUUCGCCCUCGACAUGACUCAGACCGCCUCCACUUACACUGACACGCUCCGUUUCCACGUCGUCCCUCGCCGCCUAUCUCUCGCCCACCUCCGCCUCCUGCCCGACGGUUACACGCUUCCCACGCUCCUCCCUCAGCGCCUUCUCCAACUUACGCGCCGCAAUACCUCUGCCAUCGCCGUCGGCGGCGUCGACGUUGCUUUCCCCGGCCUCUAUUACGGCCACUACUUUGCCGUUCACGGCCUCGCCGGAAUUCUCAGUCCCCGAUCCAACGUAUAUCCUUCUCCUUCUCCUUCGCCUUCGCCAUCGCAGUUGGCUCCUCAGAUUCGUUCAAGAAGCAGUCCUAACUCGCCGGCGAACCAACCAGUUCUUGCUCCAGUUCCGAAUUUCGCUUCGUUGCACGUUCCCCCGGCUGAGGCUCCGGCAUCGGCCACUUCGCCGGUUGGUUCUUCAGAAGAGGAAUCUGAGUGGAAAGGUUAUACUCCGGCAGGUUUGCCUCCGACAUAUCGUGGUUCAGCAAUAUCACAGCCACCGGAGGGAUAUUCCGAGGCUUCAGCUCCGGCUCCCGAAGCAUUAGAAGGAAUGAGAAAGUGUCUGAAUCCCGUUGUGGGGUUGGAAGAAUCUGACAUGCAAUGCCAUUCAGCAUGAAUCGUACAUUUGAAUUUGCAAAUGAAGUUUCUUUUUUGUUUCUUUGGCCUUUAGGAGUUUAAGAAAUUUCAGUGUAUAUCUCUACAGCUAAACAAAAAAUUGAUUUUGCUGUUGCUUACACGUUCUUGGGAUUAAUGAACAAAAA